AUGUACGAGCCGGAGAAGCGGCCCAAUAACCGCCAAGGCUACGAUGCUUCCGACUUCACGAUACCACCGCUGGUCUUUCCGCGCUCCAACCAGGACAGAGAACAGUCGCCAACUUCAAGGCAAAAUGCAAGCAUCUAUAACCACGCUCGAAACAAUUCCCUGUCUUCGCUGACUACGGUCGUCGGAGACACCGACAGCAUUCUCUCGCUCUACUCGACAUCCACCAAAGUCUAUGCGUCCCACCAAACGGGGCCGUACAGCCGGUCGAAGCACCAAAAGCGCCCGUCCGGAUUCUCCUCAAGCCAAGUCACUCUCGUAGGCCGCUCAAACGACAUCGAAAAGCAGUUCCGAAAAGUCAAUACGAACGCAGUGCCCCCUCCUCCGCCCACACCGACAGUCAAGAAGGUCGCUCGAGGGGUGGGUAUCUGUACAGGAUUGUGCUUGAUGACGGUGUUGUUCACGCUGUCGAUGCUCUCGGUGUUGUUCAUGAUAUUAUCGAUUAACGCCAACCUCAUUGCGUGGCCGAAGCAUGAAGUGGGGCCGAUGAAUUUGCGGGAGUAUGCGGGGAGGAAGGCGACGGAUGGUCCUGCGAAGGAGCCAUGA